AAUAGACUUGAGGAGAAGGAAGCCGAGCUCUUAAUGGCUAAGCGCGCUCAAGCCGACCUUGCAAGUCGCAUGGAAGCUUUAGAAAAACGAAUAAUUGUGGGCGGCGAAAACCUAUUGGAGAAGGCGGAGGCUCAGGAGCGAUUGUUGGAGGAGUCGGCACAGGAAUUGAAAAUUCAAGAAGAACGUGCAAGACAGCUGAAACAAAAGUUGAAGGAGAAGAAGGAAGAACGCAUAAAUAUCGAAGAAAAGUACAACUCCUUGCAAUCUCUUUCGGCAGAAGUUAUGUGUCGAAUUCGGCGAGAUGCAUAUGAGUAA